AUGAUCCAGACGGGCUCAUCCGCGGCAGCCGCGGAUUCCACGCGCGCAAGAGCUCCGCGGGAGUUCUUCUGCCCGCUGUCGGGGCGCGUCAUGCUGGACCCGGUGAUCGUCGCGUCAGGCUGCACCUACGAGCGCGCGCACAUCCUGCAGUGGCUGCGCGCGCCGGGACCGCAGGCGGCGACCUGCCCCGCGACCGGCGCAGCGCUGCCCCACGCGCAGGUCGUGCCGAACAUAGCGCUCAAAGAGCUCAUCGCCACGUGGCUGGCGUCGCACGCCGCCAGCGGUAACACAACGACUACUACUAGCAGCGCCACUAGCGCCACGGGUCGCAGCAGCAGUUUCAGCAUCAGCGUCAGUCGCGGCGGGAACAGUCACGGCGCCGGCCAUGGCGCGAACAGCCCCGGCGGCCGGCGCGGCGUGAGCUUUCAAUCACCUCCGGCCUCUCUGGAAAAGUCCUUCACUGUUUCCUCUCCCCGCCGCUGCCCGUCUCCGUCGCUCCCCGAUUCACCCACCAGCUCCGCCGCUUCCCCCUCUCCAUCCCCCUCCUCCGCCUUCUCCCCCACAAUCCGCCCCGCGGGGGAUGCAGCGCCCACGCGCACCCCUUUUCCGCCUCUUCCUUUCCCGUCAAGGGCAACUCGUGCGGCGAUCUACUUGGGGAUUGCGGCGAACGAGCGUGCAUGGCGAGUGUGGGAUUUGGAUGAAAAACGCGUCGUCACGUCUCGGGAUGUGAUCUUCGACGAAGACAAGUUCCCGACAAAGGAGAAACAAACGCCGCAACUCACCGUCGUCCUUCCCGCACGAGAGGAGGAUGAAGCGGUGGAGGUUUCACCGCACGUGAAGAAGGGAGCCGAAAGUGGAGGGGGAGAGAACGAGGAGUGCGAUGAUGAUGUCGAGGAGGUGCCACCAACCGAGGAGGCCACUUCCUCCGCACCUUCUUCCCUACCAUUGGCGUUGACUCGCGGGCGUCGUACACCUCGCCCCAACACGAGGUUAACCGACUAUGCUACGGUCGCCGUUGGGGAGUCGGAUGAGGAGAGUGCGGCGAUUUGCCUAGCGACCAUCGGCGACGAUAACCCACGCACUCACAAGGAGGCUUUGGCUUCCCCGGAUGCACCGCUAUGGAAGCAAGCGAUGGAGAGGGAGUUAGCAUCGAUCAAGGAGAACGAUCAGCAACAACCACAGCUAUCGCAACAGCAGCAGGUGAAGACGAGCAAUCAAGUCACCAGCUCUGAGGCAGCCACAAGCCAAGCCCCCACCGAGGGCGUUCCGGAGGACAAGGACUCGUGCCAGUCCAAGCCUGCAGCUCGUGCCGCCGUGCCUGCAGGCGGGCCUCGAGGCGGGCAGACAUUAAAGCAGGCGAGCACAACCGCACGCCAACCUCAGCGUCUUGCUGCUGCCGCUGCUAACCAGCUCCAACUGGUGCGAUCAGAAGGCUGCCUGCCCUCCACGCAUCCUUCGGUAUCCGGCGUGCCAUGUGAAGGGGCGAGAGGGAGAGUACUUGCCGCAGCUCCUGCUGCCACCCGUGCUGCUGCUGCUCGUGCCCGCGCUGGUGGGCGGGGAGCGGGGCGUGGGCGUGGCAUGGGCAGUGACGGCGGGUGCAAGUCCCACGUGCAGCUGUCGCUGCAGGUUGGAGCUCCCUCUCCGGGCGUGUGGAGCAUAGCAGGGGCAUCGCCUGGUGCUGACGGCGCUGCAAGCAGAGCCGGGAGUGGUGCUAACAUGGCAGCUCAGGCGGAUGCAGCAGCAAGUGCAGGCAGCAGCAGCAGCACCCCGCGCGCACAAGGACAAGCUGCUGCAAAAGCAGGAGAGGAGGAGAAAGGUGGCCCAAGGGAGGAGGAAGUGAGCGGGAAGAACGCAGAGGGUGGAUCGAAGGCUCCUCCAAAGGUGGAUGACACGCAGGGGCGUUGCGUGACAGGUAGUAGUCAGAUGGUAGCUGCUGUGGAGAAGGCACCAGGGCAGGUGACUGCGAGGCAGAUAGGAGGCCAGGCUGCUGUGCAGCCCGCAGCGUUACGGGCAGACAACAAGCAGCCGGCAGGGCAGCCGAACGGAACGAAACAGCUCAAACAGUCGCAGCUACGUAAGGUAAUGCUAUCCAGCGGUUCACUCCAGCAGCAACAGCAGCCGCCGCCACCACUUGCCAGGCCUACCUUUCUCCCGCCUCCACUCACCUGCCCCUCCCUCCCAUCCUCUGCCCCUCGCCCACCGCCGCUACACACUCGGUCUACCAGCAUCAGCACCCCAAUGAGCAUUCGCCCUCCUCUCUCUAGGGACCCUCUCUCUCCUUCUAUCAAAUACUCUCACUCCCUAUCCCUGUCCCUUUCCCCACCCGACAAGAAGCUUUCGCACUACCAGGCACCGAACGAGAGCAGUUUUGGUGGCAAAGGCAGGGGAGUGCGGCCGCUGGUGCUGGGUAAAGCUGGGCUCACUGCUAAUGGCAAUCUGCAGAGUGGGAAGGGAGGAGGAGGAGGGGUGAACGAGGAGGUGGUGGUGGUGGAUUCUGAGCCGAUGCAGCAGGGGAAAAGGGCCACCGUGAACACGGGACGAGGCGAGCAGGGAAGGGGUGUUGGUGGUGCAGCAUCUGUUGGCAGUGCUACAAUCUUGGCCAGAGGAUCAUCAACAGCAGCAGCAACAGCAACUGGAAACGGAGUGGGGAGAUUGUUAUCCGCCAGCACGAAAGUGACUCCAUCCCACUGCACCCCACACAUGCUCAGCCGCAGCCUCUCUGCCCCUCUAUCCGCCCUGCGUGCCAUGCCCCCCAACGUCCCUCACCUGCACCCCUCCUGCCUGCCCCCAUCCACGUCCUCCGACUAUCUCCAGAACCAGCAACACCACACUCAUACCUACCGCAACAACCAGCACUCCAACCCACAGCAGCAGCCGCAGCAGCAGCAGCACCGGCGCUCCCCGUCUCAAGUCAUCGUGACGUCCACGUCGCCUGGUGCCAGGCCGCUCAGGCCGGGCGCACCCAGCCCCCGCAGCAACAUCCAGGCGAGCAAGGCAGGGCGGGUAAGAGCGGAUGAGGGCGCGGGCAGCGUCAUGGAGCAGGGUGUGCUGAGUGUGCAGUGCAGGGCUGUGAGUGGGGGCGCGGAGGGAGGUGGGAGCGGGAUCGGCGACCGGGACGGGGGCGAGGGGGGUUCAGUGGAGAGGCCCAAGGGUGGAGGAGGAGGAGGAGGAUCCCAGGCGAGGAUGCUGCGGUCUUCACGCUCCUCCAACGCCCUGCUGCCUUCCCCCACUCCCGCGUCUCUCCUGCACAAGCGCUGCAGCCUGCCCGCCAGGAGCAACUCACUGGUGAAGCCUCUCCCCGGACUGCUGGAGGGAGCGGGCGCUGUGAGGAAGGGCACUGGAGCAGGGAGGAAGGAGGGGGGAGAUGGUGCUAGUGCUGGCGGUGGUGAUGAUAAUGGGGCUGGGAUGGAGGGUGGUGGUGCUGAUCGUAGCAGCAGCGGCGGCGGCGGCGGCAGCAGCUGUGGAAAGGUGAAGCUAGGGGAGGAAGGUGAACUGGAGGCAGAGGGGGAGGGUGAAGGGGAGGAUACUGUGGGCGAAGAGAGGUUGGUGCAUGAUGGUGCACAGCAGCUGGUGGAUUUGCUUUUGGGUGAAUCCACAACCAUGGAAAUAAAGGCUGCUGCUGUCAAGGCCCUGAUGAUGCUUGUCACGGAGCAUCGCAGCGGCGUGUAUGCAGCGUGGGAGUGUGGAGCCGUGCCCGCCCUGCUGUCACUGGCCAGGGGACACAGGGAGGCACUCAGGAAGCCGCACACUCGCACAGUACAGAAUAAUUAUGAGAUGGCGGUUGAUGCGAGUGGAGAUGUGGGUGCUGAAGCGGGAGCAGCUGCCGAAAUGGCAGCAGAUAUUGCUCGCAUCCUGACAUACUUGGUGGGAGAUGCACCAUCGCGUGUUGAGGAUACGAUAUUGCAUGGGGUGGCAGAGGCAGGCAUAGGUAUCCUUGGAAGCAGAGUGCAGGGUAUGGAUGCACAUGCAAUGGGCCUGCUGAAUUGCCUUUUACGCUGGCCACAUGGGCGAAAGUCAAUCGCUGACGUGGCAGGGAGUGCAGCAGCACUGGUGGAGGUGGUGGAGAGACCAUGUGUGCGGGCAAGAGGAGCAGCUGUGAAGGUGAUGAGGGAUCUUGUGGUCGGGGGAUUCUUGUCUCCUGUUGCUCUGGUUGGCGAGGGUGCAUUGCCACCACUAGCAAGGAUUACCCUUAGCGUGGGAGAGGGCCAUUCUGAUGAGGUGAUCAAGAAAGGGGUUGACGAGAGGGAGCUGGUAAAAAAUGCACGAGCCUUGCUUUUCCUGCUGAAGGAAUCUGUCUGGCAAGGCGAAAAUGAUGCAAAAGACGACUCGUUCUAG